AUGAAGAGAAAACCAACCUCUCAACCCACAAAACAGUCUUCCUCCUCUUCUGAAGAUAAAAACAAAAAGUCCAAACAAAAAGACAAUGAAUUAGUAAUAUCCAAAGGAGAUCCUUCCGAUUUUGAUGAAGAUGAAGCAAACGAAGACAUUGAAGAUGUGGAUGAACAACAAUUUGAACCUUCCGAAGAGGAUGAACAAGACAUCAUGGAAGAAGAGGAUGUUUUAAAUAGCACACAGCUCUCACAAAACAUAUCUUUGGAAGAUAUGAAGAAGACUUGUUCUCUUGCUUUCCAACAAAUGGAUGCAGAUUAUACUCUCGGAGAACAAAAACCAGGUUAUCCUGGACCUACCAAUGGAAAUGUUCCAAUUGUUCGUUUAUAUGGUGUGACUGAAGAAGGUUAUUCUGUCACUUGCCAUGUACGAGGCUAUACUCCAUACUUUUAUAUUGAUCAACCUGAUAAUUUCAAUCCAGAUCAAACACAAAACUUUGCCAAGUUUUUGAACACAAUCAUGGGUGAAAGAAAUAUUCAAAAAGGAAAAGCAGACAAGUACAUUGUAAAUGUAAGCAUUGAAAGAAAGAAGAGUCUGAUGCAUUACUCGUUUGGAAGUUCGAGAAAUUUCUUGAGAAUUGAGACAAGCAUUCCUCCAAUUGUUCCUCAUGUAAGAGAAGCACUUGAGAAAGGUAUUCAUAUUCCUGGUCUUGGAUUUAAGAAAUUCCAAACUUAUGAAAGUAAUGUUUUGUUCGUUUUGCGUUGCAUGAUUGAUUCGAAUAUGGUUGGUGCUAACUGGGUUGAACUACCAGCAGGUUCCUAUAAAUUAAGAAAUGAUAAUGAAAAAGUAAGCCAUUCUCAAAUUGAAGUGGAUGUAUCCUAUGAAGAUUUACUCAGUCACUUACCAACAGAGCCAGGAUGGCAUAAAAUUGCACCUGUUAGAAUUCUCUCUUUCGAUAUUGAAUGUAAGGGUAAAGAUGGACACUUUCCUCAAGCUGAAUCAGAUCCUGUAAUUGUCAUUGCCAAUUAUGUGACCGUUCAAGGAAGAUCAGAACCUCUCAUUAAGAAUGUCAUGUGUCUUGGAGAUGUCGCUCCAAUAGUUGGUGUGGAAAUUCACUCUUACAAAAACGAAAAGGACAUGCUAGAAGCUUGGAGAAACUUUAUGAUCUGUGUUGAUCCUGAUAUUAUUACGGGAUACAACAUUAUCAACUUUGACUUGCCAUAUCUCAUUAACAGAGCCAAAGCACUCAAAGUAGGCACCUUCCCAUUCUUGGGUAGAAUCGCGAACAAGAGAUCUCAAAUGAAGAAUAGUACCUUCUCUUCAAGAGCUUACGGUACAAGAGAAAGUAAGGACAUUAAUAUUGAAGGUAGAAUUCAACUUGAUGUGCUACAAGCGAUUCAAAGAGAUCACAAACUUUCUUCUUACAGUUUGAACUCGGUAUCAGCUCAUUUCCUUGGUGACCAGAAAGAAGAAGUGCACCACUCUAUUAUUUCAACCCUCCAUGAAGGUUCUGAUGAAGAUAGAAGAAGGUUGGCAUCCUAUUGUUUGAAAGACGCUGUGUUGCCAAUAAGACUUCUCGACAAGCUCAUGAUUAUCAUCAACUAUAUUGAAAUGGCUCGUGUCACUGGUAUUCCUGUAUCAUUCAUUUUGAAGAGAGGACAACAAAUUAAGGUCAUUUCACAACUUCUCAGAAAAGCCAAAGAGAAAGGAUACAUUAUGCCAACCAUUACAAAAAGUGGCAAGAAGGAAGUUUUGGAUGAAGAAGGAGAAGCAACUGAAGGUGAAACCUAUGAAGGAGGUUUCGUGCUUACUCCAAAGACUGGUUAUUACGACAUUCCAAUUACAACACUUGACUUUGCAUCUUUGUAUCCAUCCAUUAUGAUUGCACAUAACUUGUGCUACACGACAUUAUUGAAAAAAGAAGAUAUUGCUAAACUCUCCGAAGAUCAAUACAUCAAAACUCCUAGUGGAGACUAUUUCAUCAAAAGAGACGUACAGCAAGGAUUAUUGCCUCUGGUUCUUGAAGAACUUUUAGCAGCAAGAAAACAAGCAAGAAAGGAUUUGGAAAACGCAACUGAUCCAACUGAAAAGGCUGUCAUGAAUGGUAGACAACUUGCUCUCAAAGUCAGUGCCAAUUCUGUCUAUGGUUUUACUGGUGCAACUGUUGGUAUGUUGCCAUGCCUUGAAAUUUCUGCCUCUGUUACUGCCUUUGGUAGAGAAAUGAUUCAACACACUAAAACCAUGGUUGAAGAAAUGUACACUGUCAAGAAUGGUUACGAAGCAAAUGCAACUGUUAUUUAUGGUGAUACUGACUCUGUCAUGGUGAAGUUCGGAACGAGAGACAUCAAAAAGGCGAUGGAGCUCGGUCUUCAUGCAUCACAAGAAAUUUCUAAAACCUUUGUUAAGCCAAUCAAACUAGAAUUCGAAAAGGUCUAUUAUCCAUAUUUACUUUUGGCAAAGAAAAGAUAUGCUGGUUUAUUGUGGACGAAAACUGAAAAGUAUGACAAAAUGGAUGCAAAAGGUAUUGUGACUGUGAGAAGAGAUAACUGUGCUUUGGUGAGAAACCUUGUAAAUACUUGCUUGCAUUUGAUUCUAGUCAAGAAGAGUAUUGAGGCAGCUGUGAAUUAUGCCAAAUCUGUUAUUUCUGAUCUAUUAAUGAACAGAAUGGAUAUCAGUAUGCUUGUCAUUACCAAAGCAUUGGUGAAGAAGAGUGACAAGUACAAGGCUAAGCAAACUCACGUUGAAUUGGCAGAAAGAAUGGCAAAAAGAGAUCCAUCGACAGCUCCUCGUGUUGGAGAUCGAAUUCCAUAUGUCAUUGUUAAGGCACACAAAGGAGCAAAAGCAUACGAAAAGAGUGAAGACCCUAUUUGGGUAUUGGAAAACAGUAUUCCUAUUGACGCUCAAUACUAUCUUGAACAUCAAAUCAAGAAACCUCUCGAACAAAUUUUCAGUCCAAUUAUUGACAACACACAAUCAUUAUUUGUUGGAGAGCAUACUCGUGCCAUUUCAAUUCCAACGCCCUCAAAGGGAGGUAUUAUGAAAUUCACACAAAAACAACUCAGAUGUCUCGGUUGCAGGAAUGUACUUGCAAAGAAUGGUGGCUCUACAAUUUGCAAUGAUUGUAAACAAAAAGGAAUUGCUCCCAAGAUUUAUGAGAGCGCCAUUAAUAAGCGAAAUCACUAUGAAGAUAUUUACAGCCGAGUUUGGACAUACUGUCAGCGAUGUCAAGGAAGCUUGCAUGCUGAUGUUUUGUGUACCAACAGAGAUUGUCCUGUAUUCUACAUGAGAAAGAAGGUUCAAAAAGAAUUGGCAGACUGUCAAGAUGUUCUGAAUCGAUUUGAUGAAGAGGUUAUUUAUGAUUUUUAA